CACAAGAAGCUCCCGACAUCGUCUUUAGCAUUGUGUUUCAGUUCAAGUUUUGUGAUGGGGAAACUGGGGAAGAAGGCCAGGAAGUUCUCCAAGAAGAAUCUUCAGUCUGUGGAGAGAAGAAACCGCAAGUCCAAGCCCACCUUCAAAAAGAGAGGUCCCAAAAGAAAUGAGCAGGAUGGUGGGAAAGAGUUGAAGAAGAAGGACGCCGUAGAGCUGUCGAAAGAGAGAAAUACUGGAGUGGAAUACAUUGACAACACUCCUCUCGACGCAAUAUUCCGUGAAGAUGACAGUGAUGCAUUUGGGGAUGAAUCAGACAGUGAUGGGUAUCUUUCAGAGGACACUAGUGAAAUGCAUCUUGCUGAUAGUGAAAUUGAGAAUAAACAAGAAGGGAUCCUUGAUGGUAGUGGUAGUGCCUUAUCUAUUCAGAAUGCGGAAAUUCAAAUAGAACUUGUGAAGACAACAAAAAAACUAAACAAGUUGAAGGAGAAGGACCCCGAAUUCGCUAACUUUCUUGAUAGCUAUCAUAAGGAGCAUGAACAGUUCAGAAACAAAGAUUAUGCGGACGAGGAUGAGGAUGGGAUGAGUGAUGAUAAUUCGCAGCCAGAGAAUGUAGAUGGUGUAAAUUUUAAUUGGGGCAAGUUGCUGACAAGCUCCUCUAUUGAUUCCUUGUGUGAACUAGUCACAGAGCAACAAAAUGUGUCUGCACUUACUAUUCUAUUGAAUGGGUAUCGGGCUGGAUGCCACUAUGGAGCAGAAUCAAAUAAAUUCUUUGAUGCGUAUACAAGCCAUGGAAUUCAGAAUAGUGAAACCCUUAGCAAGAUAUUGAUUUUCGUGCUUAACGAAGCUGAUAGCACAUUUAGGGGACUAAUGGGCAUAGCAAGCUCAAAUUCCAAAAAAGAAAAGAGUGUGGAUUUGAAGAAGAAUACCAAAUGGGGUACUUUUAAGCCAUUAAUAAAAUCUUACCUGAGGAGUACCCUUUUCCUCCUAAAUCAGGUGGAUGACUCUGAGAUAUUGGCCUUCUCCUUGGCACGGAUCAGAGCUUCUAUGACCUUUUUUAUUGUUUUUCCUUCUUUGCUCCACAGACUGAUCAAGAUUACUGUUCAUUUGUGGGCAACUGGGAGAGGAACUCUAUCAUCUCUAUCCUUUCUCAUCAUACAGGAUGUGGCAUCUUUGUGUCGCUCUGAUUACUUCGACACCUGCUUUGUUAAGACAUAUAAAGCGUUCUUGGGUCAUUGCCAAUUUGUGGAGCCUAGUUUGUUCCAACACAUAGAAUUUUUAAGAAAUUCCAUUAUUGACCUAUGCUCCGUUGAUGUUCAGAAAGCAUCUAGCAAAGUGUUGGUGUGUAUCCAACAACUUUCUAAAAUAAUGCAGCAGGGUCUACGGACAAAGUCGAAGGAAGCAGUCAAGAAAAUAUGCAGUUGGCAAUACACUAGUUGCAUUGAUCUCUGGGUAAUGUUUGUAUCAGCUAACGUACAGGACUAUGAUCUUCAGCAAUCACUCUAUAUGCUCAUUCAGAUUAUAAAUGGAGUGGCUGUGUUGUUUUCUGGACCAAGAUAUUUGCCUCUGAGGAUCAAAUGCAUUCAAUGGUUGAAUCAUCUAUCCUUUUCCAGUGGCAUUUUCAUUCCUGUUGUCUCUUUUGUGUUGGACAUCUUAGAAUAUAAAAUAAGCAAGGAUGGCGCGAAACCUGAGAAAGCUUUGAACCAGCUAUCUUCCGUCAAGCUUCCAAAGCAUUGGCUAAAGUCAAGGAACUUCCAAGAACAGUGUGCUCUGUCUGCUAUCGAAUUGCUUUCAGCGCACUUGUCUCAGUGGAGCCAUCAUAUAUCUUUUCCGGAUCUUGCAACUAUUCCACUCAUUUGCCUGAAGAAGUUUCAUGAUACAACUACUAUAGAAAGUUCCAAACGUGUAGUGAAGCGGUUCAUUGACCAGGUGGAGCAGAACAUUGAAUUUGUUCGGAAGAAGAGAGAUGAGUCAGCCUUUUCACCAACAGAUCAGCAAUCUGCAGAUUUAUUUCUUCAGCAUGAAAAGCAAAUUGGCAAUACUCCAUUUACACAAUAUUACAAAAGCAUCAUGGACAAGGCUGCUUCUAGAAACUUUACUCUGAAUGAAAAGUUCUCUGAAGCAAAGGAACUAAAGAAAAUGAAAAGGAAAAUGCAAGUGCCUCAAAAUAACAGUUUACCAGGAGAUAAAAGCAAACAUCCAGAGAAAAGAAAAGGCAUGGCUGAUAUCAAUGCUGGGAGAAAAAGAAAGAUGAAGAAGGAAGCUACUGAAGGCCAAGUCGUCUGAUUAUCUAAGAAUUGUUGUCCUAUUAGUAUUAAAUUACAAGUUUUGGUGUGCUCAUUUAAUCUUAUAGAAACCUCCAGAACAGAAAGGCCCAAUUUCUCAAUUUUGCUUGUAAUAUUAGAGAAUUGGUUCACAUACAUGCGAUGUUUAAGAAGAAUUAUUGUCUUCUUUUUCAGCUUUGAAC